GCCGCCGUUUGUGAAAUAAACAAACAUUGAUUUGCUAUUAAAUUGUAAACAUCAAUUUAGAAAGCUUGGUCACCUUCAAGAAGCCAUGUUUAGUUCACGGUUGUUAAACCAUGAUUAUCAGGAGUUCUCGGAAAAGUUCCAGUAGCUGGUGGAGUUCAUGGCUUGGGAAACUCUUUUUUUUCUUGAAUUGUCAGUGUCGGUGCGGCAUCCACUAACUAAGUUACCGCCGUCGGCCAGCCAGUCUAGACGGCCCGUGUGUCACCUCUCACACGCGGCGAAUACAACGCAGCGGGGGCACUAGCUAGGGUUCAAAGCAUGAGGAGAACUGGAGACGUUGAAACCCAGCGUCAUCAUGAGAGAGAGCGUCAUGCCAGGCAGCUCAAACUUGUCUUACAGUGUGCUGGGCCGGGGAGUGUCGCUGGAACUGGGUCUAACCAAUGCCACAGAGAAGGCAGACCACAUGGUGGAUAUAAAGGGUUGUCGAACCAGUACCCAUUGUCUCGUUCAGGUUUUGACAAGCAAGAAUUCAUGGACAAUGUGAAAGACAGUGUGAAUGACCAAUACAAGGAAGAGCAGAAGAGUCGUACCAGCUCCCCUCAAUGGCUACCGGCUGCAAACAAGGAGAAGAAUCACACCGGAGAACAACCCCUCAUCCUGCAACAUUUCCUGGCAGCUAACAAACAAGAGCAAAUUGAUGGUGUCCUGCCUGUCCCGAGUCCACUGGGCAAGCGUCAGAGUAAGAGUGCCUGUAUCUACCGCGAUGAUCCCGACGCUUUCUGUCGAGGUAACAGCACCCAUCAGUACCUGACUGCUACUGAGAUGCCUGGCCAGUCUGAAAGACUGGUGGAUUUAACACUGGGUCGACCUACGAGAACAAGUUUAUUGCGUGUACGACAGAGGACCAAAUCAGCUCCAGGUGUAAGGCCAGUAGUAGAGAUCAAAUCUCACCUACACAAGCAACAAGAGAUGGCAGCAAAAACUGAAGAUCGCCAUAAAAGUGUAGAGGUUCCUCACGAAUUGUUACCAGUAACGGAGAACCAUGAAACUGUGCAUCAGUUCUUAGUUGGUGCUCGAUAUAACAGAAUGAAUCAUCACGAUGCCAAGUGCCUGAGCACUCGGGGUUUAUUUGUCUCAAGACACGAUCCUCUACUCUGCUUCAAGAUGACGGUACCUCCUAGAAAUUACCAGCCAACUCGGCAAAAGACGAAUCUUUGUGGCAGUUCAUCCUAUUCCAAUCUCACAGAGAGCUGCGAGUCUUUUGGCAGCUCCUCCAGUCUGAAUGAUUUAACCGCAUCGUCUGUGAGAGAUCAGGAACCACUUUCCCCUAAAUCAGCCUGGGUCGCUGGACCAUCAGGCCAAGUAGAGAAGGAUACCAUCCGGGCACUGAACGGAGUCAUGAGAAGCUCCACUCCUGCCCCGAGUCCGUCACCAGCUACCCGCAGCCGGGAGACUUUCGCUUCGAGCCGCGGUGGUAUUCGGAGAAACAAACCAAAGAUGAAAGUAAUCGAUGGAAAGACACUGAGCUCUCGCGAUGAUGAACACGUCACUGGUGAGAAAGACCAUCACUGCUGCGUCAUGUGUAAGAGUGAAGAGCCACCCAAGCAUUAUCAGCGGUUUGCGCCGGGGAGUCACUUCGCUCGGGUGCGGGAAUCAGGACAUGUGGAGCAGGAGGAGGACUGGGAUCAUAAUGUGGAUCACAUGAAGGUCCAGCAGUACCACUUAAGAAUCAUGGGUAUAAAGUAUGGUGUAAAAUCAGGACGCCAGGCUCCGCCUCGCAACAAUCUACUCUACACAACCAAGAAGCAGUCCAACGCCGAGCUGCCUACACUUAAGCACCACAAGAAGAAUGCCCAAAACACCAGUAAGAACAACAGCAACGAGGAUGGUGGUGUCAAAGAUGCAGAAGAGGCGGCAAUCUCCUUGAAGGAGGAAAAGCCGUCCUCAGCCACCAGUAGGAUCUCUGUGAGGAUAAGCACUCAUACGAGCGUAGCAGGUGACGAGGAGGAGGAUGAGGAAAACUCUGUGCAGGAUACCCCAAGGAAUGAAGAUGCUGCAGGAGAGAAGACCCAAGAUGCGGAGGAAAGACCCAAAGAUGUGGAUGGGGUUAUUAGUAAACCAGUGGAGGAUAAUGUUGAAAUGACCAACAUUUCACGUAAUGAACAAGCUGCAGAUGACAAGAGCCAAGAUGCUGAUAAAGACAAACCCAAAGAUGCGGAUUUGGUUGUUAGUAAACCAGUGGAGGAUAACGUUGAAAUGGCCAACAUUUCACGUAAUGAACAUGCCACUGAAGAAAAAAACAAAGAUGCUGAGGACACGCCCAAAGAUGUUGAUCAACCAAUAAAGGAUCAUCUUGAAAUUACCAAUGUUUCAUGUGGGACUGAUGAGGUUGUUGCAGACAGGGCGAACGACUUGCCUCAAGUUGAAGAUGAUGACACCAACAAUUUUAAAGAUGCACCUGAGAGAAGUGAUUUUGAAAGUAAGGAGCCGGUUGUAGUAGAAAUCCCGCGAGACUCUUUAGAAGAUGCUGAGGAGCAAAUCAAUGAGGAUGUAGUGAGUGUCAAUGAGAACAGUGCUGAGGUGUCUUUGAAGGAUGCAGGACAACAUGAGGGAGGAGAGGCGAUCAAGGAUGCGAUUGCUACGAGUAACCCAGACUCUCCAAGCAACAAAGUCAUCACUGAUCAUCAAAAUGAAGAACAAAUAAAGAGCGAUCCAGAAGAGUCAGCAAUGACACAAAAUCUUGAUCAACUUGACACUAAAGAGACUACUGAACAAUUAUCCAGGGAACAGGGUCCAAUUUCAUAAAGCUGUUUUAAAGCUGAAGUUACUGCUUGACAAAUUUCUUUGCGUAGCAAAAAUUGAGCCCAGGUGUGCUGUACUCUGUUCUUUUAAAAGCGUGACAGUUUUUCUUUGGUAAAAAGUAUCUCCAAGAGAAUUGUGAGAUUUCACUGGAACAUUUGGAGGGGCAAAAAUAAUGAUCAGGGGCAUCAUGGUGAAAAGUCCCCUUUUGUCGGGAUCCCGACAAUAUAUCACGUGACCAAUUCUUAUGUGUUUAUUAAGAAACGUUUAGUUUUUUU